UGUCCCCCUCCCCCGGCCCUGCCCGUGACCUCCGCCCCGUGACCUGUGACCUCCCUCCCCCCCCACCGGGCCACCGCCCCGGAAGGGCACCUGCGGCGCGGGGCGGGGCCGCAGGAGGAAGCACCGGGCGGCCCCGGCAGCGGCACCGCCACCGACCCCGGCCCCGGCCCCAGCCAUGGCGGGCAGCGAGCGGGUGCGGGACCUGCAGAGCGAGGUGGAGGGCGUCAAGACCAUCAUGACGCAGAACGUGGAGCGUAUCCUGGCGCGGGGCGAGAACCUCGACCACCUCCGUAACAAGACCGAGGACCUGGAGGCCACGUCAGAGCAUUUCAAGACAACGUCGCAGAAGGUGGCCCGCAAGUACUGGUGGAAGAACCUGAAGCUGCUGCUCAUCCUUGGCCUCGUGGGCGCCAUCAUCCUCAUCCUCAUCAUCCUCCUCGCCACGGGCGUCAUCCCCACCUAGAGGCGCCAUGCCAGGCGUCCACCGCGCGUGCCUUCGGGGAGGCCAAGGUGCCUGGCGGGUGCCCGGGUGCUGUGCCUCCCCCCUGCCACUGUCUCCUUGUGUUUCCCCGUGUCCGCGGGCAAUACAGCGAGUCCGGACGA